AUGAUGACCAACGUAACCUUUCUGCGUUUUCGGGCGGGCAGGCGAGUCGGCGAGCUUUCAGACCCCUUCCAAGCGGGCGGGCGGCGCACGCGCAGACAUCAGUGCCUACGCGACGUUUCUCGCGGCAACAUGUCUCCCAUGUGGAUCGUGCUCGCAAUACUUCCAAUACUCGGGGGAGCUGAAAGAUUUAACUGUCGGGGACGCAUCCUAGGAGCGUAUUAUGCUGACGCAAAAUCUGGAUGUAAAGCGUUCCACGUCUGUGUGAGAGUGGCUGGAGGCGGCAUCCGUGACUUCAGGUUUUUCUGUCCUCCCGGUACUUUGUUCCAUCAAGAAGCACAAACGUGCACUGACUGGGGAGACGACGAUCCUCUCGCCUGUCCUGCCGAUAUCUACGAUGGUCAGUUUGAUCUCUACAAGAUCGGAUCUGGAUUCGACACCAAGAAAGUAUCGUCUUCUGGAAAUCGAGAAGAGGAAGCUGAAUUUAAUCUUCAGAGAGCUGAAACCGGUGAUCAACGUCUUUCACAAAAUACUAAUGGCGGCGGGUCUGAUCUACGAGCAGCACAUUCUUCCGACUUUUUCACUGGACAACGUGAUAGGGGACGUGAUGAACCAGUAGUGCAAACUCAGUCACCAGCAUAUAACUCAGCGACCAGACAAUCUUUCAGGCGUAUACCUACAACACGCGCACCUACAACACGUAUUCCUUAUAUAACUACACAAAAUACUAUUCCUCCUUCCUCAUCUCCCCCACAAGCAUCAGGUCCCGCACAGUAUGACCAUUCGAAACGUAAACUUGUUAGAAAACGUCCAGUUCAUAAUCCGACCUCCCCUCCAACUACACCUGCUCAAACUUUCCCCCCUCAAGCUUUCUCUGAACAAUCACAAAAUUUUAAUCGCAAAAAUCUCCCACAGACUAAAGUGAAUCCUACAACUAUUAAUGUUCCCGCUCAAUAUAGGGAUGAGUACGUAGAAGUAAGUAAAGUCACUCCAAAACCGAACAACAAUAAAUACUUCCAAAGUAAACCCAGUCCGACUCCAUUCUCUCAAACAACUCAAGCUCCUGCGACAAAGAAGGAAGGUUUUGUUGAAGUAUAUAACUAUGACACUCAAACAGCUAUUGAUUUCAGUAAAAAUAAUGAUAAUCGUCCAUUUAAGGUAAGAAAUAGCUUUAGCGUACAAUCAGACACUCCAAGAGAAUCAGAUUUUUCUCGAAUCAGAAACAAUAACAACAAAGGUUUCACAACAUCUACCACUGACUAUAAUGCUGUACGUGGAACAAGUACUUCAGCAAACUAUAGAAAUUUUAAUAGCGUUUCAUAUGAACCAGAGAAAAAUAACUUUGGUUCAUUUCCUGCCGCUAAACAGAGUUAUUUUAAUAAUCCCACAACAACUCCUCCUACUACCACUAUAUAUACUACCACCCGUGUUGAUCCACCAUCCAAUUUAAAUACAGUAGCAUAUAAUACUAAUAUAGGUUUUAAUACGCAAUCUUCGAACUAUGCAGAAAGUAUAGAAGACGAUGGACAAUAUCGACCACCUCAGGGUGAGGACGACGGUCAAUAUAGACCAGAGUUGUACGAACGUGAAUCAGAGUUGCUUUCAGGAGCUCAUUCUUUAAAUAUUGCUGCUAGUGGAAAUAGAUUACCCGAAGAACAAAAACAAAACAAAAAGCUUUCCCAGAAGCAAUAUAACAAUAAAGCAGCCGUUCCACGACCUUUUAGACCUGCUUCAACACCAUCUUCCACACCUGCACCUGAAUAUUACUCAACUACAUUUAGGCAGACUGAACAACCAACGCAAAGAACAUUUGACUACUAUCAAACAUACACAACUACAUCCCGGCCAUAUGAAUCGCCUUCUGCGCAAGCUUACACUUUCCCCCCAGUAAGAGCUACCAGCACAUCAGUUCCUAGAACUACUGAACUAUUCCAACCUCGAGAAACUGUGCCACCAACGUCACUUCCCUCAUCUCAAUUAUCUCGAUCUACUCGACCUCCUCAUUUCUCAAAGCCAAGCAAUAUUAAGGAAGAUACAAGUUACGACUAUGCUUAUUACGAUUCCGAUCCAGGAUUUUCAGAAUAUGAUCAUAUAGAAGAAUUCGGUAGAACUAAAACUAAGCUA